AUGGCGCCGUUGUCUCGUACCGUUGGUAUCUUCGGUGCUUUCGUGUUCGUGGUGGGAGUUGCGUUUUAUCCCAUUUAUUUUCGGCCGCUGAUGCUGCCUGAGGAGUACAAGAGAGAACAGUCAAUAAACCGAGCUGGUAUUGUUCAAGAGGAUAUUCAGCCUGGAGGGUUAAAAGUGUGGUCUGAUCCAUUUGGAAGAAAGUAAUGUUGGCAGCUGAGCGUGUUGCAGAACUGAAGAUGGACAUCUUCAGCUGUUCCUUCUUUCACUGAAGUGUGUUUUGGGUGUUGCUGGAGAAGAAUUCUGAAUAUGCUGUGUGGCCACCUGAGGAGCAAUAAAGGCUACUGAUUGGAAUCCCAAGAGAUAAAAACAUGCUGAUUUUGACAGAGGAUGCUGGUGCAUAACUCACAGACUGUUAGAGAGCUGAAUGAUUCUUGAGUAUAGAAGUGAAAUAUGUAUUUCCUUGAGAACAGGGAAGAGGAUUUUUUUCUAAUCUGUAGACACUUGUAGAAUAAAUUAUGAAUAGAAUAAAUCAUGCAAACGGCUGCAGUCUCCUCACUAGUUUAAGAAAGAUACAACAUGGUGAGUGUAAACUUGUACAUUAAAAUUUUUAAACCAA